CGCAGUAAGGUGUCGGCCGCGGUCGUGAGUGCGAGCGGUGUGGAACGUGACGUUCAGUUCAGUGCCGAGACUACGUCGUUCCGCCUUUUGGUGCGUCACGGCUGCGAGGCGGCGGCUCUGGCGUCGGCACGGGCACAGGCUGCCGGCGACAUGCGUCGGUAGCAGCAGCAGCAGGGCGGAGGCCGGGAAGACGGCGAGGCCAUCGAUCCGCGGCCGCGACCACGGCGACUGGAUGGUGCGAUGGUGCACAGUGAGGGCGGCCCCGGCACCAGGGCCAUGUUCUACCGCGACAACUCGACGUCGGCGCUCGGCCUGCCCAAGAGCCCCAGCUUCCACAGCGGCCUAGAUCUGGUGGCGGCGGCCGACCCGGGGACGGCCGGAGGGGGGGACGGCGGUGGCGGCGUCGGCGUCGGGCUGCCCGGCGGGGGCGCCAUGGCCAAGGCCGGCGAGGCGCGCUCCGCCGCCGACGUGCUGGGCUACGGGCAGGCGAUGCCCAGGCAGCUGCCCCCGCUGCUAGAUGCACCUGCCAAUGAGAGGGAACAGCUGUUCAUACAAAAAAUCAGACAGUGCUGCGUGUUGUUUGAUUUUGUGUCGGACCCACUGUCUGACUUGAAAUGGAAAGAAGUGAAAAGGGCAGCACUCCACGAAAUGGUGGAGUAUGUGAGCUCGCAGAGGGGUGUCAUCACGGAUGCCAUCUACCCGGAAGCUGUCAACAUGUUUGCAGUGAAUCUGUUUCGGACGCUGCCACCUUCGAGUAAUCCCAACGGGGCGGAGUUUGAUCCUGAAGAGGACGAACCCACCCUGGAGGCAGCGUGGCCCCACCUGCAGCUUGUCUACGAGUUCUUCCUACGGUUCUUGGAGUCUCCAGACUUCCAGCCAAAUGUUGCAAAGAGAUACAUCGACCAGAAAUUUGUUUUACAGUUGUUGGAAUUAUUUGAUUCCGAAGAUCCUAGAGAGAGAGACUUUCUGAAGACAACUUUGCAUAGAAUCUAUGGAAAAUUUCUUGGACUUCGCUCAUAUAUAAGGAAGCAAAUAAACAACAUAUUUUACAGGUUUAUUUAUGAAACUGAGCAUCAUAAUGGCAUUGCAGAGUUGCUUGAAAUAUUGGGGAGCAUUAUCAACGGUUUUGCACUGCCUCUGAAGGAGGAGCACAAAAUCUUCCUGUUGAAGGUCCUGCUGCCUUUACACAAGGUGAAGUCGUUGUCUGUGUACCACCCACAGCUGGCCUACUGCGUGGUGCAGUUCCUGGAGAAGGAUGCGUCCCUCACGGAGCCAGUCAUAAGGUCGCUCCUCAAGUUCUGGCCCAAGACACAUUCACCAAAGGAGGUAAUGUACCUGAAUGAAUUGGAAGAAAUUCUGGAUGUUAUUGAACCAGCAGAAUUUCAGAAAGUGAUGGAUCCAUUAUUUCGUCAACUAGCUAAAUGUGUUUCCAGCCCACAUUUCCAGGUGGCAGAACGGGCCCUUUAUUACUGGAACAACGAAUACAUUAUGUCUUUGAUAAAUGACAAUGCUGCUGUUAUACUUCCAAUCAUGUUUCCUUCUCUGUAUCGCAAUUCAAAAUCUCACUGGAACAAGACAAUACAUGGAUUAAUAUAUAAUGCUCUGAAGCUGUUCAUGGAGAUCAAUCAGAAACUUUUCGAUGAGUGUACACAGCAGUUCAAACAGGAAAGACUUAAGGAUAAAGAACGCCAGAAAGACAGAGAGGAAGCUUGGAGUCGCAUAGAGGAAUUGGCUAUGAGAAAUCCCGGAUAUGCACCAUCGAGAACAAACAGCAUUGCCAGCAGUAUGGAUGAAAUGUCUUCACCUCUUGGGGAAGGUGAAAUUGAAGAUGAUUUGUCUAUGGAAAAGCUAGAGCUGGAAGCGAGAGAGGUGAGGAAAACCUGCAACAAAGAGAAACCAUUACUCCGACGAAAAUCUGAACUUCCACACGACACAUAUACUCUUAAAGCUCUUAUUGACCACAAGCGGGCUGACGAGUACCUUCCGACGCCACCUGAUGUCAACAAGUGCUAAUGAAGGCAGUUUAGUAACAGAUGUGUCUGACUCAGUGGAAGCAGCGCUUGAGGCGGAGCCAGAGGACGUUGAUACAUCCCUACACAAGUUCCGUCAAGCAGUUCAGCAAAGUGAUAAUGCAGUUGGCUGUGCAAUUGCAAAAUGUAUUAAUAGCUGUUGCAGCUGAAAUAAUCCUCACAUUUACACUUUGAGUUGUUGCAGUUCAGUAAUUUAGGAGGAGCAUGAUUAUAAAGUGCUUUCCAGGAACAUUAGAAAAAUGAGUAUUUGGAGACUAACAGGCCUGAAAAAAUGGAGAACCUAGUCCUUGAAAAACUAUAGAUUUGCAGCGUUACCUCUGUAUAUAUCCUUGCAGGCAUUUUGCAACAAUCCAGAAAAAACGUGUUUAUAGUGCCAGGAAAGCUUAUGACUGUGGGUGUGCUAAGUUGACCAUAAAAUGUAGAUAACCUAUACGUAAUGUUUUUGUUAUUGUCUGAUUGUGCUGCCAGCGUAUUUUCAGUGUAAAUAAAGUGACUUAUUACUGCUGUAAGUCA